AAGGGAUUAGUACGUUUUGGGAAAGACGCUAUUUAAUUCAAAGCUGGGUGCUACGUACCCGGCCCUAUAACAUUUGUCUGAAGAUAAAGAUCUGAAAUUAAAGCUACAACCCAAUUCAAAAACAAAACAAAAUGUCCCAAACAUCUCUUAUCCCUGCGGCGGCGCCGCUGGCCGGCAGAGGCAAACAGGAGAGGCUGACCAUCGACGAUAUGCUCCAAAAAUACUGCGGCGAGUUUGGGUGGUGGCAGUUGAAGCACUUCGUGUUGACCAGCUUGGCGUGGGCCCUGGAGGGCUUACACACCAUGGUCAUGAUCUUCGCCGACCGGGAUCCCGGCUGGCGCUGUACUUCUUCUACCGGCUCUGCGAGUUGCCCGUCCCCGGAUUCCGGCGUGUGCAUGCUUGACCCGGGCUCGUGGGAAUGGGAAGGCGGCCCGGAAACCUCUACUCUGUCCGAAUUCGGGUUGGUGUGCAGUCACAAAUACCGGGUCGGGUUGGUCCAAGCUUUGUUCUUUGCCGGCUGCAUGCUUGGUGCUGGAAUAUUUGGACAUUUAUCAGACUCAAGAUUGGGAAGAAAGAGAACUUUAACAAUUGUUUGCAUUCUGAAUGCUAUAUUUGGGUGCCUAACUGCUCUCUCCCCAAACUAUUAUGUAUAUGUACUCUUCCGCCUCCUUUCUGGUUUUAGCACAGGCGGCACCGGCCUAUGCGCAUUCGUCCUCGCCACCGAGCCUGUCGGCGCAUCCAAGCGUGGUGUGGCGGGGAUGUCCACCUUCUACUUUUUCUCAUCCGGAAUCGCAGUUCUCGCGGGUAUUGCCUACCUUUUCAAAACAUGGAGGUCUCUCUACAUUGCUUCUUCUAUCCCCUCCAUCCUCUUUGUCUUCCUUGUCCUCCCAUUCAUCCAAGAAUCCCCACGUUGGUGCCUCAUCAGAGGAAAAGUGGACGCUGCGAUGCUGAUCAUGCAGAACAUUGCCAAAUCGAACAACAAACACAUCCCCGAGAAUGUCCAACUUGUCCUGGACAGUGAAGUCAACAAAGACUACUCGACAAAUGAUGAAUCAUCCGUCGAGGGCAUCUCGGGCUCGCUAUUUGAUGUCCUCCGGUUGCCCCUCACUCGUACUCGUUUGUUGGUAGCCGUGACUAUAAACUUCACAAUGGCUACUGUUUACUAUGGGCUGAGUCUAAAUGCUGUCAAUUUGGGAACCAACCUUUACAUGAAUGUUGCUCUUAACGCCGUAGCUGAAAUGCCCGCUUAUUUUUUCACUGCUGUCUUGCUAGACAAGGUUGGGAGGAAGCCAUUAACCAUAGGCACGCACUGGUUCAGUGGGGUUUUCUGUCUGGCUGGGAGUUUGAUGAAAGGGUAUGGGACAUGGAAAGUCAUCAGAAUGGUUUGUGGAGUUCUGGGAAUAUUUGGAAUGGCUGGGACUUACAAUUUAUUGUUUAUUUACACUGUGGAGUUAUUUCCAACAACUGUGAGAAAUGCAGCUCUGGGGUGUACAACUCAAGCAUCACAAUUUGGAGCUAUUUUGUCUCCUCUUAUUGUGGUUUUGGGGGGUGGAAUUCCAUUUGCAGUAUUUGGGGCUUUUGGAAUCUGCGGUGGAUUUCUGGGGUUUUUCUUGCCGGAGACAUUAAACAAACCGUUGUAUGACACCAUGGAUGGGAUGCAGGAGAGGGAAUCAAGAGAAACGCCCUGAGGUCGUAUGGAAUUCUAUAAACAACUUGCUCAAGAUCAUACAACAGAAAUAGAUAAAGUUAAAAAAAAAUGAGUAUGUUUUAUUUCCAAAAUUAGAUUUAUUCUAUUCUAUUGAAAUAUGAAAACAACACUCCCACAUGUGUUAUGUUUUAUCCUAGUAAUUUUUCUCAAAUUUAUAUCAAUCAUACUUGUCUUUGAAGAAGUUUAAGUUUCAUCUGAUUUUAUAAUCUUCUAACC